UUAUUUUAUCUAUGUUAAUUUUAAUAAAUUUUUUUCUUUUAAUAUGAAUUUAAAAGUUCAAAGUAGUUGUCUAUGUAAGCCUCACAAAAACAUUGUACAACGUAGCCUUUUUGUUUUACAAGUGCAAAAUGAAAAAAAUAAAUGCCUUUAUACAAACUGAUGAUCAAAUACACCUAUACAACUAACAUUUUAUGAGUAUAAUAUAAGUUUGCUCUGCAACUCAGAAACAGUCAAUGUUGUUUCGAAAUGGAAUUUAUACCAACUUCAAGAAUAUCCUUCUUCAACCCAAAACAACCAUCAACAAUGCUUAUAACUCCAUUAUGCACCUUAACAACAGAGAAAUGUCUUCUAAUCCAACAUUACAACCUUUUAAUGAUAACAACAAACAUCAUUUUCCCACCAAUUUUACAAAUACAAAUAAUGAAGAUACAGUCUUAUUGACUAAAAGAAUAUUGAAUCUUUCCAUUCGACGACAAAUUGAUCAUGCUAAAGUGAUUUUUGAUAGUAUUUUAUGCAAGGAUACGGUUGCUUGGAAUGCCAUGAUUAGAGGGUAUAUGGAAAAUCGAAUGAUUGAUCAUGCACGCCAACUGUUCGAUGAAAUGCCUGAAAGAGAUAAUGUUUCUUGGAAUUCUAUGAUUAUUGGGUAUAGUAGAGGAAAUAUGAUUCACAUUGCAUUGGAACUUUUUAUAUGUAUGCCGGGUAAAGAUGUUUUUAGUUGGACGGCAAUGAUUUCUGGACUUUGUAUGGCGUCGUGUGUUAGUGAUGCUUGGCGUUUGUUUAAGGAGAUGCCAGAGCGUAGUGCUGUUUCUUGGGCUGCUAUCAUGUCAGGUUUUCAACAGAAUGGGUUGGCGGCUGAAACUUUGAUUUUGUUUAAGGAAAUGUUGUUGGCUGGUGUUGAACCGAAUUCUCACUCGUUUACUACUGCUUUGGCUGCUUCAGGAGAUUUAGCAAUGCUGUCAAUGAGCAAGCAGGUUUACUUGCAACUUCUCAAAAGAGGGUAUGAGAAGAAUAGCCAUAUUGGAAAUUCAGUUCUUUCGAUGUUCAUGAAAUGUGGUAGCUAUGAUGAUGCAAAGUGCGUUUUUAAGGGUUUAACUUAUUGUAAUCUUGUUAGUUGGAACUGUAUGGUUACUGGUUAUGCUCAACACGGUAAUGUUUUAAACGCAAUCAUGACAUUCCAUCGGAUGCAGAAAGACCAAGUGCUUCCUGACCGUAUAAGCUUUUUGGGAGUUCUCCAGGGUUGUUGUUACUGUGGUUUAGUUGAAGAAGGAAAGCAAUAUUUCCAAAGCAUGGAGAAGGAUUAUGGAAUUAUUCCUGGACCUGAGCAUUAUAGCUGCCUGACUGAUCUUUUUGCACGAGCUGGGUUAUUCAAAAAAGCAAUACAGCUUGUCCUGGAAAUGCCCUAUGAACCAACACCUGUCUUUUGGUGAUCAAUUCUGAAUGGUUGCAGGAUUUGGGGAGACUCUGAGCUGGGUCUUUAUGCUGCUGAUCAGCUAUGGAGACUUGAGUCUACUGAAUCAAGGACCUUUCCCUUGACUGUCAAUGUUCAUGGUUCUGGCAGAUUAAAUGGUGUUCCUUUAUUUCGGAGACAAAUGAAAGAGCCGAAAACAAGGAAGGAUAUGGGCUUUAGUUGGGUAGAAAUUAAGGGGAAGACAUAUCUUUUCACCUCCAGAGAUGAGACCCAUCUAGAAACGAAUGAAAGUUAUCAAACAAUGGACUUAUUAAUCCAUGACAUUUGGGAGCAUCUCAGAAUUUGUAAUCAUGACCUACGUGCUAUGAAAUAAAACUUUGCAUUAUUUACAUAAUCUGAGCUUUAUUGAAUUUAGAAUAGAAAGAAUUUUGAGAUUCUUUGCAUAGCAUUGAGAAAAUGAUGAAGCCUAGAUAUAUCGACAAUCCAAUGUGGAUGAAGUUAUUUUGUAAGUUGGAUGAUAAUUGUGUCCUGUCCAUGAGGGUGUUCUCAUCACCGCUAAUUUUUGUGACUCCUCAAAGUAGCAUGAGCUUCAUAUAUGGUAUCUUUUACAUUACUAAUUGAUACAGUUAGUUCUGAUAUAUGGUAAAUAAAAAAAGCUCAAAAAUGGGAGAGAAGCCGGGAAGUGAAGUCAUUGUUUGAAGCUUUUAUUCUGCAGCACUCACUCCUCUUUCAGAUUAUGAGCAAAGGUGCUAAUGCUAAGAUGUGCUAGAAGUAUCAAACCUCCCAUUAAAGACCAUCUCAGUUGAUUGCAGCUGUUAUUGUUAUACAUGUUUAUUCUUUGUAAAAAAAUUCCAAUGGCAACAUCAAGCAGUGAAUUUGUUACUUUGUAUUCGGUUGCAAAUUAACAUGUUAUUUGCAAGUGUACACUCUGUUGAUAGACACAGGACCACGGGGAAAUUUUCCAAUAUGAAGUGUAAUGCACUUCUUAGCUACUAACAUUUAUUGAUUGGAUUGUAGAUUAUUUUCUGCUUCUUUUUCAGGAAUUGGGUUCGGAAAAUGACAAGUUUCUCUGAAAUUGCUACUGUUUCCAUUCCUUCCUGUAUAGAUGAUUAGGGUUUAUAUAUUCAGACAUGUAAAGGGGCUUACUUCUGAGGUUUUUGCUGAAAAUUGCUACCGUUUCCAUUCCUUCCUGUAUAGAUGAUUUUUUCUAUUGUACUCUUUGGCCUAAGAAUUUGGGAUUAUAUUGUCCGUCUCU